GUCCGUGAAUGACUAGUGCAGCAUGUUGUCCGGCUAGCGUGCCUCGCCGCCGGAGCUCCGUGGCGCUGCCGACGCCUCUUCUCGCAGCGCCUCUGCCACCUAGCACGUUCUUGUGUGAUUGGUGAAAAUAAGCCUACGCUGCAGGGAAACAAGAGGAGCAACAGCCUGAGGCUGCUGCAGAUCCAAUGUCUUCCUCUGAUGCACCAGAAGAUGGCCCAAAGGAAACGUCAAGUGUAUCGCAGAAUAUCACUGAUGCAGAUGCAUUUAAAAUUCUCCUGGAGAUGAAGAUAAAGAAGAGGCAGAAAAAGCCUACUUUACCAAGCACUGUGACUGAGCUUGACACCGAGGAUGGUUCUAAAGUAUAUGUGGUUGGAACGGCCCACUUCAGUGACAGCAGCAAAAAGGAUGUAGUAAAGACAAUACAAGACGUGCAGCCUGAUGUAGUUGUGGUGGAACUAUGCCAGUACAGAGUUUCUAUGUUAAAAAUGGAUGAGAAAACAUUACUAAAAGAAGCCAAAGAAAUAAAUCUGGAAAAACUUCAACAAGCUAUAAAGCAGAAUGGGGUCAUGUCUGGAUUGAUGCAAAUGCUGCUUCUGAAGGUCUCUGCUCACAUCACAGAACAGCUGGGAAUGGCCCCAGGAGGAGAAUUCAGAGAGGCUUUCAAAGAGGCCAGUAAAGUACCUUUCUGUAAAUUCCAUCUUGGAGACCGACCCAUCCCUGUUACAUUUAAGAGAGCAAUUGCUGCACUUUCUUUCUGGCAAAAAGUCAAGCUUGCCUGGGGCCUUUGCUUCUUAUCUGACCCAAUCAGUAAAGAUGAUGUGGAGAAAUGCAAACAGAAGGAUUUACUGGAGCAGAUGAUGGCAGAAAUGAUUGGAGAAUUCCCUGAUCUUCAUCGAACGAUUGUCUCUGAACGAGAUAUUUACUUGACCUACAUGCUGAAGCAAGCAGCAAAGCAGAUAGAACUACCUCGAGCUUCAGAAAAUGAACCUACAAAAUAUAUCCCAGCUGUUGUAGUUGGUGUUGUUGGGAUGGGUCACGUACCUGGAAUCGAAAAGAACUGGAACUCUGAUUUAAACAUCCAGGAAAUAAUGAGUGUGCCUCCUCCAUCAGCUUCAAAUAAGAUUUUCAAACUUGUCAUAAAAGCAACAGUUUUUGGACUGAUGGGAUACGGCUGCUACCGAAUAGGUCAAAGGACAGUGCAGUUUAUUCUCUCAAUGCCAGCAGCACAGAACUAUCUUCAGAAGCUGACAGAAAUAAGGUCUCAUCAUUGAACAUCGAGUGGAGGAACUGUAAGAAGAAGGUGGCUGAAAAAGGGUGACAGAGGCAACAGAUGCGAGCUGGACUGAAAGAAGAGUGAGAUGAGGAUCCUAGUCAGAGAUGACUCACAUUGAGCAACGCUGAAUCACUGUAUAAUAAAAGAUUUGAUACUAAAAUUACACCAGCUAUGAUCUAAUGAGUAGGGUAAGUGUGUUGCAUGAAACCACAUGAUUCCAGAUUGAAGAAAUAUGUAUGCAAACGUAUAUAUUAUAUAUACGCAUACUGUAUAUAUAAUAUAUAUUACUGAUGAUGUAGUACAGCUUAAGGAGUCUAUGUUCAUGGCUUCUUUUCCAGAGGAACAGAACAACACAAAGUAACCUAAUCGGCUGCAUGUGCUCUGAAGUUCAGGGACACUUGAGUGAUUCUUUGCUUUUUUUUCCUUGGGUAUAAUAAUACCUAGUGAUUGUUUCUGGUGCCAGACAUUUUUACACAUAAUUUAGAAGGACGUCUUCUCAAUGUGUGUUUUAUACUUCAAACAUUUAGGCUUUUUUAAACUUGAGAGCUUUCAAACAAUUUCAGAACUGUACAGGCUGUCAUACGUACACUGCUCCAAUUUCUUACAAGCCUUACUGAAGAACAGGAACGUUGCCUUUAGAUUGCGCCCCUUGUUACCACCACCAGUUGGAUCAUCUUUCUCCUGCAUAGAGAAGGUAUAGCCACACCAUCAGAAUGCAAUGUGGUUUGUGUCAGAUGUUUACAGGACACUCUGUUCCUUUAGAUUAGCUUAUUUAAACUGUAUUAUUUAGCCAAAUCCUGCUGGAUUCAGUAUUGUAAAUGGAAGAGACUAGACAUACCAAAAUAUUGUUUUGUUGGUUGCUUUUUCUUUUUUUUUUCUUUUGAGACUUUUUAGCUGGUAGAAUUCAAUAUAUUGAUGUUUUGCUUUAAGUUAUCUACAGCUUUUUAAGGUAUCUGCAGGUAUUUUAAAAGCUCUGUAGAUCUUGAAUAUCUGUGCUCAGGUAAUUUUACACAAAGGAAAACAAAUUAAGGUAAAUUUUAGGUAUGAGCCUUAAACUUGGGUGGGACUAAUGCUGAAUGGUUGUCACAGAGCAUUCUUGCAGACUUAGUGUUUUAUGCUUUUAGCCAGAAAUAAUCACCGUGUAAGUCGUCCGUUCAUUACUCAAUCAUUCUCUCCAGUUAAUACCUUAAGUCGAUUGUUUUACUCUUUUCACAAAGCAUAUCAGCAGAUUCUUCAAGGAACCUGUUAGUGGAUGGAGAAUUUGCAGUUUACCUUCCCGCUGUUGCAAACUGGCAAAUCAUGUGCAUGCAGGAUUUACUCAGUGGCACUGGAAAGCCUGCUGAAUUUGCAGAACUAACAAUCCUAUGAAUCCAUACGCAAAUGCUCAGUGUUGUAUAUUCAAUGUGCUGUACUGUUUAUGUAACAUAAUCAGUGGUUCAGGUCCAUUCUUUUCUGUUCUAGUCAGUCCUUUCAGUGUUAACAGCAUCCUGUAAAAUUUAAAUAUAUGUUGAAUUGUCCCAGCCCCGCCUCAACCCUUCGAAGCCAUAUGGUAUUCUUUUGGUGACAUGUACAUUUGUUUUAUGCAUCUGUACAUGUGAUGUAAAUUUGAAGUAUUUUUAACAAUGUGUGCCUUUACUCCAAAGUGAUUUAAAGUAAACAGCAGUAUGUUCUAUGAUAUAAAGAAUAAAAUAUUUUAACCACCCUU